GUGGAGGAGGUUCCCUGGGACUACGGGCGCGUAUUUCAUAAUACUGAGGGUAUGGUGACGCGCCUGGGACCUGGUGCUGCUGCUGCUGUUGCUGCUGUGAUACGGUCCCUCUCGCUCGCUUCGCUUGGACCCCGAGACACUAAUCCGUCUUCCCACUUGUUCACCGGAUUGACUAAAAGGAAGACAUGUCCGCUCAUGGAUUGUUGAGCAGCGUUUUCUCGUGCUCGAUGAGCCCCAAAAGUAUCGCCAAGCGGAGUCUGAGGCCAACCAGGAGCUUGGACUCGGCGUUGAUGGGGCAUUAUGGUACCGAAUCCGAGGACACUUCAUAUAAGGGUGACUUCACCUGGAACAGCGUGUCUGGACAUAGCGUUGGCCUGAAGCCUGUUCACCUGCAAAGCCUCUCCGAGUUGGAAAGGGUUCGUCUCCAGGACGUGGCCUUCAGGCGACUGCUGCGGGGUCAUGACCUGGGCUGCCACAUCACCAUCCCUAAAUAUGGCCACAAGCACAAGAAGUCGCUCAGGAAGAAACUGGACUCGUUGUCGAAAGAGAAGAGUAAAGACAAAGAGACUACGCCGCAGGCUUUUGGCAUACCGCUGUCGCAUGUCAUAUCCAACGACCGCAUGCACAAGCUGCGGCAAGAUCAACCGCGGGAGGAGCACAGUGACCCCACCGAGCUGAUGCUCUCCUUCCUCCACCUGACCUCCAGCCUCAAAAGGGCCAACAAAGAGCUCUCCAGCAGCAACUCGUCCCUGAGCUCCACCUCCGAGACCCCCAACGAAUCGCCUCUGCCCAGCACUCCGGAAAUGGCCCCACGGACACGCAGGAGGGGCGGGGUGUCUGUGGAUUGCAUCACUGACCUUGAUGAUAACCAGUCCCGGCUCUUGGAGGCCCUCCAGCUGUCUCUGCCAGAAGAAGCAGCUGGAAACAGGAAGAAGCACCGCGACAAAAAGCUCAGCCUCAACCCCAUUUACAGACAGGUGCCCAGGAUAGUGGAUCUCUGCUGCCAGCACCUGGAAAAAUAUGGCCUACAAACGGUUGGAAUUUUCCGUGUUGGCAGUUCCAAGAAGAGAGUACGACAGCUCCGCGACGAGUUCGACCAAGGAUGGGAGGUACACAUGGACGAGGAGCACAGUGUCCACGAUGUAGCCGCAUUGCUGAAAGAAUUCCUCAGAGACAUGCCUGACCCUCUCCUGACGAGAGAACUCUACACCGCCUUCAUCAACACAAUGCUGUUGGAUUAUUCAGACCAAGAGAGCGCCAUCCAGCUCCUGAUAUUUUUGCUCCCGCAUUGUAACAGCGACACGCUGCAGCGCCUCCUCUGCCUGUUGUCCACUGUGUCCACACAUGCUGAAGACAGCCGGGAUAAUGAGGGUCAGGAGAUGACAGGAAACAAGAUGACAUCGCUCAACUUGGCCACCAUCUUCGGACCCAACCUCUUGCACAAGCAGAAAAAUUCAGACAAAGAGUUUGCGGUCCAGAGCUUCGCCCGCGCAGAGGAGAGCACAGCCGUCAUCAGCGUGGUCCAAAGGAUGAUCGAUACAUACGAAACGCUGUUUGUGGUUCCUGCUGACCUGCAGAACGAGGUGCUGGUGAGUUUGCAGGAGACAGACCCUGAUGUGGUGGAUUAUUUGCUGCGGAGGAAGGCCUCUCAGGGCUCAGAGCCCAGCCUUAUUAGACCAGAAGAGCCCUUUUCUCUGACCAAGAGAUGCUUGUCCACUGACUCCCUCAAAGCGUCCAGUGGAGAGGUGUCUCCCUACGACAACAACUCCCCUGUGCUGUCGGAUCGACGGUUGUUUAAAUACCCAGAGAGCAGCAGCCCGCUCUCAGACAGCGUCUCCAGACUUUCUGACCAGUACAAAUUCACUGGUCUGUCAAAAUAUGGAUCUGGCAGCACCUCUCCUACUCUUUCUACCGACAAAGAGGCUUCCAAUGACAGCUUCUGGGACACCUGGCAUGAACUGUUCAGGAAGGAUUUCACCGGGUAUCGCGUCACAGGGUCCGUUGGAGACGUGUCAGAGUGCGACUCCUAUGGAUCAUCAGAAGGGCAGAGCAGUCACCAAGGUAACAACAAGCUUCCCGUCAGACCAACACAAGCAUCAUUGGGCGUUUUGGAAAGCAGGCCACACCUCCCGGUGACUCGCAGCAACAGUGGUCCUCACGACCAGAGAGGGCAGAGACAAGGAGAAUCAUCAUUGCAUCAGGCUCUGGGCAGCCAAUCAGGAGCUAAUAGCUCAGACGACUUAGCACAAAGGACAGGACGCCCUGCAUGUCCAUUACUUAAUGCAAGGACAGACAGUUCGUCUCAUCCUCUCUGCUCGGGACCUCUAAGAGACACUCAUAUUUCACACUCCACACCCUCCCUCUUCACGUAUCAAGCUGACUCCCGACCCACCCAACAGUCCCAGCAGAGCCCCGCCCUCCAGACUGUAGAUGCUGCACAUGCCUCUGGGCCUGCUGAAGGAAGGGGUCCUGGUACCUCGAACUGGCAGACAGAGAGGUGGCAUAUAUGGCAGAUGCUGUCAAAAGAAAAUCCAGAGGCUGCGCCGGAAACCUUGGUCUGACGCACCUUUACAGCUGUGGAUAACUUUUAGAGACCUGGCUCUUUUUACUGUCACAUCGCAUAAAAUAUCAUCAUCUGUAACUGCAGUUUGGUUUUGUAUUUAAUAUGCUGAUGAUUAUUAUAGACUGUAUUAUUAUUAUUAUUAUUGUUAUUAUUAUUAUUAUUAUUAUUAUUGGUAUUUUGCAGGGGUGUUUAAUAUAUUUGAAGCAUGAUAUUGAGUUUUUUUUUCUAUUUCAAUAUAAUAUGUUGUGAAUACAGAGAAACUUGUAUUUACACUUGAAUAUUAUAAAUAGACUUGAAUGUUUUUUUUUAAUGAAUGUAAAUAAAAAAAGCUCUAUUGUAAUAUUGUCUCAAAUAGCGUAGCGCCACCUUAAAAAGUACUUUAUCUACUUUAACAGAGUUUUGUUACAGGUAGACAGGUGAUCUCAGUUGUGGAAACACAGCACACUGCUGUGUGUACAGUUACAAGUGUUUCAUUUUGUGCAGAUUAUUAAAAGCCAACGGUAUGUUUUGGAGAUGGUUCGUGACGCCACUUUUACUGAAUUGUUUCAGCACUCAUUUGCUUCAUUGCGCCUUCCCACGCCUCUAAUUUUUGUCUUCAAUGCAAAGAAACCAUUUUCCAAGCAGCAUCAUUUACACAGAGAUGAACAGACUGUAUUUUAUUUGUAGAUUGACUCUAUUUGUAAGUUAAUGAAGAAAAGCUAUCCAUUCUUUUUGUAGGUGCGACUUAAUAAAUAGAUUUUCUAUGUUUGUCACUUA